CUUUCCAAUUUCCUCUCUCCGCCUCUCUCCGCCACCACCGUCCACCGCCUCCUCAGCUGCGGCCGUCGCCACCAGCUGCACAAAACCGGUGGAACAUCCUUCUGGAGGAAUAAACUCUGGAAGAAUAAGGAAAAUCACGCUAAAUUUGAUGCAGAAGCUGAUAAGUUCCCUCAAAACCCUAUCAUCGCGGCAAUCGCCCAAUUUCUCCACAAAUCUGUUUUCCACUUCUUCUCGCUCUGUUCCUUCCCCGGCGCUCGUGCAGCGUCUCCGAUCUCGCAAAUUCGCAUCGACUACCGGUGAUUUUAAAGCAAUUGCGAUGGCAUCGUCGGCAACGGGGAAGUUGCCGGCAGCGAUAGAAGACGGCUUAGGAAAGAAGUACUGGUUAAAGUUCAAGAAGGAGUGGACUGAAGCUCUUUACACUCCGUUUGUGAUCGCAUUGGCGGCGGGAAAUCUCAAGCUCGACGCAUUUCGCGAUUAUAUCGCACAGGACGUGUAUUUCCUCCGUGCAUUUGUGAAAGCGUAUGAAAUGGCUGAGGAAUGUGCUGAUGAUGACGAUGCAAAACUUGGGAUUGCUGAACUCCGAAAAAAUGUUCUUAAAGAACUCAAAAUGCAUGAUUCAUCUGGUGAUGUAUGGGGUUUUAGUUUGCCCAAAGACAUCACUCCAAAUGCUGCAACUGUUAAGUAUACAGAUUUUUUGUUGGCAACGGCCUCGGGAAAGGUUGAUGGAAUAAAAGCUCCUGGUAAACUCGCUACUCCUUUUGAGAAAACAAAAUUGGCAGCUUAUACUAUCGGUGCCAUGACACCUUGUAUGAGGCUUUAUGCCUUUCUGGGUAAGGAGUUGCAGACACUUGUUGAUCCCAAUGAAGGUGUUCAUCCUUACCAAAAGUGGAUAGACAAUUAUUCCUCUGAUGCUUUUCAGGCUGCAGCUUUGCAAACAGAGGAUCUCUUGGAAACAUUGAGUGUAUCUUUAACUGGGGAAGAGCUUGAUAUAAUUGAAAAGCUCUAUUUUCACGCUAUGAAGCUUGAAAUAGAGUUCUUUCUAGCCCAGCCACUUGCGCAGAAAAUUGUUGUUCCACUCUCUAAAGAGCACAACCCAACAGAAAAAUGUCUCGUGUUAUUUUCAGAUUUUGAUUUGACGUGCACUGUUGUGGACUCAUCAGCGAUCUUGGCGGAAAUAGCAAUUAUAACAGCUCCAAAAUCAGAUCAAAACCAAUCUGGAACUCAACUAGCUCGGAUGUCCUCAGUUGAUUUAAGAAAUACAUGGGGAGAACUUUCCAAGGACUACACCGAAGAGUAUGAACAGUGCAUUGACAGCAUACUGCAUUCUGAUAAAGAGGACAAAUUCAACUAUCUCGGGCUGCGUGCAGCACUUGAGAACCUUUCAGAUUUUGAGAAGAAAGCAAACUUAAGAGUGAUCGAGUCUGGGGUAUUGAAGGGUAUAAAUGCUGACGACAUCAAACGGGCUGGAGGACGCCUUAUCCUACAUGAUGGCUGUACCAAUUUUUUUCAGAAUGCUGUUAGGAAUGAAAAGUUGAACAAAAACAUUAAUAUCCUCUCCUAUUGCUGGUGUGCUGAUCUAAUCAGGUCUGCGUUUUCCUCAGUUGGUUUAGAAGAUGGUACCAUACAUGCAAAUGAGUUGGUCUUUAAAGACUCAAUAUCCACGGGUGAGAUUGUUAAGAAGAUUGAGUCUCCCAUCGACAAAGUUCAAGUGUUUACUAAAAUACUGCAGAACAGCUGCAACGAUAAGCAGACCCUGACCAUCUAUAUUGGAGAUUCAGUGGGUGACUUGCUUUGCUUGCUCGAAGCAGAUGUGGGAAUCGUGAUAGGUUCAAGCGCCAGCCUUAGAAGAGUGGGAAAUCAUUUCGGCGUUUCUUUUGUUCCCCUUUUCCCAGCUCUGGUCGCGAAACAGAAACAAGCAACUGAUGAAAGCAUGCCUGGCUGGAAGGGUCUUUCCGGAGUUCUCUACACAGUAACAAGCUGGACAGAGAUCCAUUCUUUCAUUCUCGGGGUGUAGAAGCUCUUCCCGUCUCGGACUGGAUGUUUUGGAGAGAUGUCUAUAUAGAUAUACAUACAAGCUUGGUGGCUGUUUUUGUUGUGGGCCACACAUAUGAUCAUCAGCUUUGUUGUUCCCUUUGUUUUUACUACAGGGUCUUCAGCUCAACAAUCAUUUCUCUUUUUUAGCUAAACAAUUUAUAAACUGUGAAUGCAAUUCU